AAUAUUUUAAGUCUGAUUUAACCUAAAAAAAAGUUAACCUAAAAAUUUUACCUCAACAAUGCCAUACAAAUAUUUCGGAAAAACAACAACUUUUAGAGGCAAAACCCUAUGGGAAAUCUUAGGAAAUUUAAAAAACUUAGGAAUCGGACGUGUUAUAGUCCGAAGUGCUUUUGAAAAAUAUCCUGAACCUUCCUUCAUAAAAAUAGUUAAGGUUGAAACUUUGCCGUCACCAAAAGAACCUUCUAUUGAUAAUGUUCGUAAAGUUAAAGUUUUAGUGGAAAAAACUUUUAGAGGAGUAAAAUCACCUAAUCUUGCAACGAUAGAGUCGAGUUCUUAUAAAACGGAUUACAGAUUACUUUCAAAAGAUGAAGAAGCGGAAUAUUGCAAAAUUGAGAAAAAACCUGAAGUACAAAUGAAAAUUUUACCAAGAACAAUGGCUUUACCACCGUUAUUAAAAGAAGUGAUAAUUCGAGAAAUGAAAGCUGAAGGAAAAAUAGUAAAAGAUGAACCAAUGAUCGAAAUUGUUUAUAAUAGGCAUGUGAUUAAAAAUAAAAAAAUUAAUACUAGAAUUGCUAACGAAGGUGAAAAACCAAAUGUUGAAAUUAAUAUUGGUUUAGGUAAACCGAUUUGUUCGCGACUUUAUAAAGGAUUAGAAAUAUAAAUUUUGAUUUUGAAAAAAAUAUAUAUUAUUUAAUAAAUAGUAAAGAUGAAUUAAUGGUAA